AUGGCUUCUUGGAGGCCAAAGCUUGAUGCCUUGUCUUUUGAAGCAAGUGACUCUCAGAGUGUUAGUGUUUUGGAGAGACAUUUUGAUGAAAAAGAGAUCUACAAGGUUAUCUCUGUGAUGACUGAGAAUAAAGCACCGGACCCGGAUGGUUUUUCUAUGGGAUUUUUUCAAACUUGUUGGGACAUAGUGAAAGGUGAUGUUUUGCAGGUCUUUAAUGAAUUUCACUAUUUUCAAAAAUUUGAAAAAUCCCUUAAUGCGACGUUCAUUUCGCUCAUUUAUAAGAAACACGGGGUUUCGAUUAUUGAGGAUUUUCACCUUAUAAGCCUGGUUAGUGGUGUUUAUAAGAUUAUUUCGAAAGUUCUUGUCAACCGAUUAAGCCCUAUGCUGAAAGAUAUUAUUUACAAGUCUCAGAACUCAUUUAUCCGUGGGAGACAAUUUUUUUUUUCAGUACUUAUUGCAAAUGAGUACUUGGAUCAUAGAUUGCGGAAAGGAGGUUCAGGUAUUAUUUGCAAGCUUGACAUGGAGAAGGCUUAUGAUUAUGUGAAUUGGGAAUUCCUCUUAUACUUGCUUGAGAGGUGUGGCUUUGGGGAUAUUUGGAUUUUCUAG